GCUUGUGUUCGUCAUGUUUUGUGUCGUAUUUUAUGUGAAUUUUGUAAAUAGAAUCAGAAAUGGGGACGAGAAUCGCUUGAAUUUUAACGUUAUACAAAGUUUUGUUCAGUGAAUUAGUGUUUAAUAUCUUUGAAACCUACAAGAACAAUCAUGUCACUCGAAAAGCCCACAGAAAUAAAAAGCAACGAGAUCGAUAAAAGCAGACGUCGUCAUAAAACUGACGACACUGUUGUUGCGACAGUGGCAAUGAGCGGCGGCGAGGAUACAUUGCAAUACGCGAAGAUGGAGAACGUAGAUGAAAGUGCAGGGAAACCUACAGAGUUAUGUUUACAAGGCAACUCGCAUUUGAUAUCUAGUACAACGAGUAGUUUGGCGGAUACACCCGGUGAUUCUGGUGUUCUGUGUUUGGAUAGUGAAGCCUCGGAGGUGACCAGCCAGGCCCUAAUGUCCCACAGUUUAAUAGGCGCCGAGGAAUUGGCUUGUGAUAGCUUGUACGACGCCCUUCCGUCGUGUUCCCAGGACAUGAUCAAGAGCACGACGAGUAGUCUCAUGACUCGCAGCGACAUAGACAAUCAAAACAUUGGAGCACCUGGCGAUAUUGUUCCAGAGCUCCUUGUUGAGACACAAAAAAAGUCUGCACUAUAUGAAAACUUACCAGAUGUAGUUUUAAAAGCAUUAGAAAGUGAGAAAGUGUGCUCAGAGGAGCCUGCAAAGAAAUCAGCAUUAAGAACCAGUGAACCAAAAAAGUCAUUAUCUGAAGAUAUUGUGUACAGGAGGAGAUGUAGGAAGAAGUCUCAGAGUGGACCAAGCUCUCAAAAGAAAAGGGUAUCAUUCCAUGAAGAUAUUUUAAACAAUACAAGAACAGACAACAUCCAUAUAGAGAGGGGAUUUGUCUCAUAUGAACCAGAUAAUUCAUACUGUGAUAGAUUUCGACAAAAGAACAAUGUUAUUACUGAUAGGUUUUCAUGGUGUGCAUCAGGUGACAAGCCAAAGUAUGCAGCAGAUGUUGCGCAACAAACCAUGUCUGACAUUCUUGGUUAUGGCAAUUCUAAAAAUGACAGAAGUGGUAUAUUUGAGUACCAGGCUUUUGAUAGAGUGCAAGAUGACAAUGGCAACAAAGAUAAAGACAACAAUAAUGACUCAAGGCCACAGAGGAAAAUGUAUGGAUGUGACUCUAACAGCUCAGAUUCAAAUUUCAGUUGUGACUCUGAAACCUCAUCCAGUGACUCCUCCACUUCAACAUCAAACAAAACUGAAACCUCUCCAGUCCACAGGAAACAUGAUAAGGCACAGAAGUCAUAUUCUUGUGAUGGAUUUGAUAAUGGACAUGUAGCCUUCAUGAGAAAAACAUAUUUUUCUGAAGCAGACAUUGAUCAAUCACAUGACAGAACAAAAAUGCCUCUUGAGGUAUCACAAAGCCCUAACACUGUCAAAUCUGUAUUGAAAAAGAAAAGGUACAUUACUACUAACAUUGUUGAAGAAAGGAAACAAAAUAAGAAAAUGUUAAACUUAUUAGAUGCAAAUAACAUCAUAGGUUCUCUGAAGAACUUCUACAAAAACUUCAAUUUCAACUUUACUCCUGAAAAAGGACUGCCUGAAAACAGUGUAGAAUUAAACAAUGUUGUUGAAGCUUUAGCUAGUGACGUCAACCAAAAUAAGACACUCUCAAAAAGUCUUGAUUCUGGGCUUCAAAUAGAUGAUGAAGAUGAUUUUGUUGAAAUAAACCUUUAUGGUCAACCUUUAGAAGCAGAUAAACCUAAAGAACUGAUAACAUCAAAAACUACUGUUGCAGGAGAUAGAACCCCCAAAGAAGGGUCUCCUAGACAUAAACUCACUUUAAAUAUGAAAGGUCAACAUGACAAGAAGUCUGUCAACAAAGAUGAGGUAUUACCCCCUAUCACCAAAUAUGUAGUCAACUGUGAAAGCACAGUCUAUGAACAUAAAGGAGUUUCUUAUAGUUAUGUUCAUGAUACAUUCCAAACAGCAUUUGAUGCACCAAAAGAAACUUUUGUUCCAUUACCAGAAUCUACACCUGUUAAAGAGAUGAUUACCAGUUCAAGUAAAUCAGAGUUGAGCUCAAAGCUAUCAGAUGUAGACACAUCUAGCAAAACUUCUACCCCUAAAAGGCAAUUUAGCAAAAAUAUACAGGAUGAGACAGAUUUAAAGAAUGGUGUUUCGAAACAUUUGUCUUCACCUAAGAAGCAAAAUGUUAGUAGGUACAGUCGAAAAUCUGCUACAAUUUUGCAAAAGUCUAGUGAAGAAAAUGGUCAAGCAAAUAGUGAUAACUGUUCAAAUACUGAUAAUUCAACAUUGAAGGGAGCAGAGGACUUUAAUGAUGAAUAUUUCGACAGCCCUGCUAACACGAAGCUGCAGUCGAACAAGUCUGCUCUAUUGAAUAGAUACUUGAAGAAUGUGUGUCAAAGAAAGGACCUUGAGCUGAAAAUCAAGAACAAUAAGUUUUAUCAAUUCAAACUUAUGAUGGAGAAACGGUUUCCAAGCAUAAUAUUCCCUUUCAAAGACGUGUCGGAAACAUUCCCUAUUUCCGCCGAGCGUAUGUCGAGGCUCAUUGACAAAGAAGUGAUAGAGAACAAGAGGCUUUCAGUGAGGCUGCUCACAGCUGACGAGCCUUCGUACUUUGACAGUUUCGAGGACAAUGUCGCUAUUGAAUGCAAUGAAAAGUUGAGGCUCAAAAUAUUUACGUAUCCCAAUGAGACUUUGAACAGGAUGAUGAAAGUCCAGUCGCCGUACAACAUGGAAGAUGGCUCAUGGACCCCUAUGCUGGUGUUCAUCACAGACUAUGCCCUUUAUGUGGCCUCAGUAAGACCUGGGGGCACAGAAUACGACAUUAUAUGCCGUCUACCGCACAAUGAACUCGACGCUAUUGCUGUGGGCCCGGAAGCUCAGUACAUCCAAGUGAUAGAUGUAGCCGGGAACAUAGCGUGUUCAGUGGUGACGGCUGAAGCGUCCCUGGGGGCUCGGCUGGCGUCCUCCCUAGAGUGGAGUGCGCGGACCUCUCCGCUGAGGAUACAACGACCGCCUGCCAUGCUGCAGCUCACGUGCCGGCAGCUCGCGUCGGCUGUUGCUAGACAACGACUUGAGAAGCGGAUGCCACAAAUCCUGUUCUACGGUCGCGCGUGCUCAGGCGACGCGGGUGACCGGCUGAUCGAGGCCCCCGGCGCCUUCGCCCCACCCUUGGAGGGCUACUUAAUGUGCCGCACUGAUAAGAGCCGUCGGUUUGAACCCUGCUACUUCUUGUUGAGGGCCGGCGUCCUCCACUGGGGCCCGCACUCGGACGGGACCACUCCGUUACCGCACAACAUCUCGCUCCGCGCCGUGGUGGGGGUCAGGAGGCACGUGGACUCCUCACGGCGACCUCAUUGCUUCGAGAUCGCGCUGGGGGACAGCAGCCGGCUGCUGCUCGCUGCCCCCGACGACCCCACCGCCUCGUCUUGGCUGCAGUCGCUGUUACUUCACGCUGCUCAGGCGUUAGAAGAAAAAGAUGGCGCGAAGAAAUCCGACCCCCGCGCGGGUGCUCCGCCCCCCGCGUGCACUGUCAUAGUGACGCCCAGCGAGGUGAUCAGCUUGCGGGACACCCUCGACAUGGCGUUCGUGGCCGGCGCCGCCGCAUACCUCAAGGAACGGGGCUCCGACGCCUUACUCAAAGAAUACAUUGAAGAGAUGCGAACUGACGUGGAGAUCCUCGCGUGCGGGUCUAUUAAGAACUUGACGGCGUUCAAGAUACCCGACACCGACGAGAACUGGUGUUGUUUGGAGUGGAGUGUCUGCGAGGCUCGUGAGCGUGGUGCCGGUCUGGCGCUGGUGAUGAGCAGUAGUACGGAGUUGGAGCGGUUCAUAGCGGCCGUUGAGCAGGCCUUCACUGCGCUCUCUAGCGAGCCGUUCCCGCUGAGCGUGGUGGAGGCGACCAAGUCGGCGUGCAGCUCGGCGCACACCAAGUACGAGGCCGCGUGGUGCCACAUGCUGCCCGCGCACCAGUAGACACGCGGUAAACCAAACUGGCACUAUGUAUUUUUACAAUGGCAACACUUAACUGCUCCACUCAUAAUGAAUGCCCGGGCGGAGGUGACGCGAGAAUCGUUGUUUCGUGGCUUUCUUGGUCGGAUAAAUGUCAUGCAAUUCGCGGGCCGUUUUCAGCCAAUGGUGCCUAUUCGGGCGGACACAAACUUAACCUAAUUUUAGUUUGACAGCUCUUCUAUCGUUGCCGUCCUUCACUUACAAUACGGGCAAGAAAGAGAUGCGACUAGUCCUGUCAAAUUAAGUUAAAAUUAAGUUGGUGGUUGUCCAAAUCGACACCAUUAUCGCGAGAACUACAAACCCUUACAAUACUGAACAAUAAUGAACGAUCGUUGUGAGCGAAAAAAAAAAUACAAAUAUCCAUCCUAGGACUUCGCAUCAACAAUGGCUACAAAUUGUCUUUGAUUACUUGUAGCUCUGCCCACCCCGUUAGUACCGCGCCCGCGCUUUUACCAUGAAGGUGUGUUGUAUUUAUACAUAGUGCUUUAUGUCUGUGGAGAACGAUAUAUUAUAAGCAUUGAUAGUGAGGCGCCUCAUUCUAUUAAGCCAUAUAGAGCGUGGAAAACAAGAAUUAAAAUGGAUAUACUUAACGUGAAAAUUAUAGUUUCCAAAAAAAUGUUGCAAAGUGUACUGUUUCCUCUAUAUGUAGGGGCGUGUAGUCAUCUUUCACAUUGUUAACACACUACCAUUUCCAGCCCCUAUCGGUAUAGUAAUUUGUUCAUCUAACCAAAAGUGUGUCUAAAAAUAUCUUCAAUAAAAUACUCGUAUGAUUACAAAUAAUAAUCUAAUUAGAAGUACUGCGCUCCACAGACAUCAAAUAAUACUCAAAUAUUAGCAUAAUAUGCACCUCGUGUACAUUAAAUAAACUUAGCGAUAAGUUAGGCAGGUCGGCACAACAUAGUUUAAUUCCAUCAAGUUACGUAUUUACUUGAAAAUAUGCUUCCUCACUUUAUGACUACUAUAAGUGAGUACAAUAAUAGGUAAUAUUUAUAAAACUGCACGGUGUUUUAACUAAAUUUGGACCGUGUAUUUCAGAAAAUUCAAAUGUUAUUAGAUAAACGAAAUAUUUAUUAAUAUUACCUAAUAACGCUACCUUCUUACUAUCUCACUUAUAAUAUAUUUUUAGACUUAGAUAUUUAUAUAAUAUUUAUUGCAGCUAAUAUGUAGACAUUAGUAUAGUUCGACCUUAGACUUAGGUCCCAAAAUGAUCUAUAAUAUUUAUGAUAUUUAGCUUGUGGGUACAUAAUGUGCAUUCCCAAAACAAACAGCAAUUUAUGCAUAUAAAACGCAUAUCUAAAUUAUUCAUUAAAAUGAAAUAAGUCAAAAAUAUCCCAAAGUCUUUUCACUUAUAACCAAAAUUUAAUAAUCUGAUAAUAAUAAUAUUUAUUAUUAAAUGUAUUGUCCGUUCGAUAUAGAUGUAGUAAAACCGGGAAUUAAAGUUGUUGAACUCUCAAUCUUAUUACAAUUGAUAUGAGAUAAUAAUUGUUUAACAACUUUAACCGAAUGUGUCCUAGUAAAUUUAUUUUCGUAUUUAUAAGGGACCGAAAGGAUGGCUUACGCUGGUUGUAAUGUGAUGCGCUAUUCUGAAACUUGACUCAAGGAAGUCAAGUUCCCUUUUUCAUUGAGCAUUGUAUAAAGUUAGAAUUGCACUUGAUAAAUAAGUAUAAUCAGUCAAAUGAAAUUAUAUCGCUCUUCAGAAGUAUUAGAAUGUAAAAAGCAAGUGAUGUUUUCAUAAAUCAUCUGUCAUUUAUAGAGAAUAUAAAUUGCUCAUUUUUCAAAAGGGAUGUAGUGUUCACUGUCAAGUUUCAAUGAAUAAGGCUGCUUUAGUGACAUGGCGAGGCUAGUAGAUUUUGUACGUGAAAGAAAUAUUUUUCUCGCGAACCUUUUGUAGCUUUAUUAUUUUUGUAAAGCUAAUUUUAAUGGUUUCGUUGAUUUAAAACAUUUGUUUUUUGUAACCAAAUUUUUGAACGAAAAUGGAACGACGUGACGGUUUGUUGUUGGCUAAAAAUAUGUGUUUAUAAAACGAUAUGAAGUACUUUCCAGGCUACGUUCACCAAAAACAAUAUAGAUGGCGUUGUACAGCUUUAACGUGAUAAUUACCUAUUUCUCAUUACUCGGGUACAUAAUUAUUCCAAAAACAAUGUAAUGGCAGAAGCAUAUAUCAAAAUAAUUGUUGCUUGAUAUUUAUAUCACAUUAUGUGUAGAAUUCUCGAGAGGAGCUCGGUGGCGCAGCGGUAAACGCGCUCGGUCCGCGAUUCUUGAAGUAAAGCAACUUUCGCAGAGGCCGGUCAUAGGAUGGGUGACCACAAAAAAAAAGUUUUCAUCUCGAGCUCCUCCGUGCUUCGGAAGGCACGUUAAGCCGUUGGUCCCGGCUGCAUUAGCAGUCGUUAAUAACCACCAAUCCGCACUGGGCCCGCGUGGUGGUUUAAGGCCCGAUCUCCCUAUCCAUCCAUAGGGAAGGCGUCCCCAGCAGUGGGGACGUUUAUGGGCUGAUGAUGAUGAUGUGUAGAAUUACGUUGCUACCUAUAUUGCUUCUCUUUAUUUUGAUCUGUAAUUGUGCCUGGGUGUAAUAAAAAGGGUCAUCAUUUGUACCCAAAAACAAAGAUAAAAAAUGCAUAUGUAUGUUAUCUAAGAAAUUAGAAGGACGAAGAAAAUCUGUACAGCUCCAUCUAUAUUGUUUUUGAGGAAGUAGCCUAGAAAGUUCAUUGCUUUAAAAAAAAAACGGGUUGAAUUCAUCGUCUCAAAUGACUUAGUAGUCGCUGUUAGAACAAUUUACCAAUGGUUGUCUUCGCUAUUUAUUAUGUUUUUGUUACCAAAUAAUAUAUCAAAUAUCAAUGUACAUUAUCAUUGUCAUGUGUAUGUGUAACAGGCCUCUGUAACGGCCGUGUGAUAUUACUGUAUAUUUAGGUUAGAAUUAGUGUUUGGAAGCUUUGACACUUAGAAAUAUACUAUGUAAGGGUAUUUGUAUGUGUCGAAGUGUAGUUACAACAAUAACUAUUAAAUAAUAAUGUUAUAGUUCUAACUCCAUUCGUAGCCCAGUGUUAAGGUGUCCAUGUGGAUGUACGCAUCGAUUCUGCCCGGGCCGGGUAUAAAAUCCGGGUAUUCAAAGGCUCAAUGCAGUUAUUCUACUGUUAUCGACAAAUACGUUCAUGUGCUUGGAAAGGUAACUAUAAUGAAAUAAACAUUUUAAAUCAAAAUCAACUAUGUAUGUAGGUAUUUGUGGUUAGUGGAAGGGUCUUAGCAAAAUCGAUGUGUGAAUUCACAUUUAAUAUUCAAUUCUUAAAAAACUUUUAUUUUUACGUUACUAUAAUCAAUGAAAUCAUUUCAUUCGAAAUUUGUAUUUGCUUUAGAUUUUUUGUUUAUGUACAGGGUCUGUUUAUUUACAAUGUUUUUAGGGCCUAUAUUUUAAAUUUGAGAUUUUUUAAUGAUAUUAAUUUAUUUGAUAACCGCUUAACGUGUUUUGUGAACGCUUAUCUUCGCAACUGUGAUUGUGUUGUUCACCAUUAAGUUUAUUGUUGCAUAAUAUUAGUAUCGAUGUUUUUAGCUUUUAUCCCGAAUAUUGGAAUGGCGUUUAAGUGAGUACGUUAGUACUUAGCAGCUUAUAAUGGCAGUUACUUUUCAAAACUUGUAAGAUCUCACUACUGUUCUGAAAUAAUCGAGCGUUUAAAUUUGGUGCUCGGUGUUCUUGUGCAUUUCGUGAAUCGAUCGAUUUUACAAAAAGAAACUCGAUUUGAAAUUUUCAGAACAUAGAUCUCUAAUAGUAAAAGGCUAGUGCAAUUGACGAAAUAUAGUAAAUAAAUCUUAAACGACCAACCAGUAUUCGACGCAAUAAAUUGUGAUCGUUAUUUUUGUAUUUAGAACCCUGAAAUACACAGCAAGUGCCUUUCAUAAAAUCGCUUGUAUUGUAAGUCGACGUGAAGUUCGCGCGGACGAUGUCCCUCUCAUUCACACUUAUAGCUUGUGCCAUAAGUGUGAGCGAGAGGAAUAGAUUGAUAAAGUUGCUUGAACUAUCUACACGCUUAAGUAGAUUAUGAGGUUUGGGUAAUUACGUCGGGAAUAACUUUUACUUAUAAAAUACAAUAUGAAGUAGUUUUAUGAAAUGGGACAAAGGGUAAGUUAGGCUGUUGAUUUAAGCUGUUAUAAAAUGUAAAACUUUCGCUAUUGGCUGUUUAUUGCGCUUUGGUAGGCGCAAAUGUUUAGUUAUUUUCGCAAGGAAUAAACUUUAAUAGCUCAUAUUUACCCCGAAUAUUAAUAUUAAAACAAAAUCAACUUUGAAUGGUAUAAAAAUUAAAUAAUAAUAUGUAUAUUUUUUUUAAUAUUCACGUUUUAAUUUGCAUUUGUAUUUAAUUUGCUUCUUGCUAUAUUAGUAGUGUAACUAAAAGUAUAAUGCUAACUUACUUGUAAUUCAUUUUAUCGUCAAUAAGUUUGCGCUUGCCAGUUUUCUACAGUGUAAUUUUGUAAAAACUUAUGUAACCUGACAAUAUGUAUUCCGUGACACUGGCAAAGUAUUAAUAAGAACAAUAAUAAUGUUAAUGUUUCGCUGUAAGUCGUAGGAGCGUUUUGAAUAUAAUAUCGCCCAUUUUGAAUGUUUAUUGUCACAUCCUUCAAAAUUGCGGGUAAAGUCGAAUAAGUUCGCAUGUAAACUAUAAAAAAACAACAUGUCUGUAUUCCAAUAUAAGUCAGCCUCAGGUUUCGACCAAUGAGCGCAGCGUAUUUUUAGUAUACGGAACGAUUAUUGGUCGAAGCCCGUGUUAUAUGUCGCGUCAGUGCAGAUGCUAGUUUAUAAAGAAACGCGAAACCGGCAGUUUGUGCUUAUUCUUGCCAAUAUUGUAAUAAAUUAACAAUUGCCUGUCGGUGUUGGCUUUCUUUGUAACUGUGUACGGUCACGAGCAUUAAUAUGUAUACACUUUGGUACCAUGUCACAUUAACUUUUUUGACAAAUUGAACUGUAAAUCUCACCAAAUGUCAAAUAUGUUAGUGCGACAGAGUCCUAAAGUGGGUACAUUAUAUUGCUCAUGACUGUACUCUUGGGCUUAAACCUACUAGAUGUGUGUGAAAGAAAGUAAAAUCGACUUUACCUGCAUAUCAUACAUACCCUAGUGAGUGUCUUUAUCAUGUUCUAAUUGUACAGGAAUCUUUCCUUUUGUAACUAAUAUCAGUCACCGUUCGAGUAAAAAGUACCGAUCUCAAAUAUUUUAGUGGUAGUGUCAAUAAUCGAAUACAAGGUAAAUUAUAUUUGUGACUUUCUACAGGAAAUAAUGUCGGCUGCUAAUUUGUUCUUUAAUCUUUUAUGGGCUUAGUUAAACGAAUUUACAAGAAAAUUUCAGACGUUUCCGUUUAGUAACUUCGGAGUUAAGGGGAAAGGAGCACGCUUUUUAACCAGACGGACUUACUUUCAGCAUAAGGGUUCCUUUUUACCAUUUUGGUUCGGAACCCUAAAAACGAUGUCGUUGUUGUAGUAUGAAAAACUCGUAAGGAUUAUUUUUCUGGAUUCCCUCACAGGCUUUAUAUUAAAUAUCUUAAUCAAAAGAGUAAAAUAUGUUCUUUGUGAGGUUUUUCGUUAACACCGACGAUUGUGAUGUGACGUGGCCGUUAUUACCUCGCUCUUGGUAGAGCAGUUACUAUAAACGUAGUAACCGUUUUGAUCGGGUCGAUAAGUGAUUAGAAUAUUAAAUAAGGUAAAAACAAAUUACCUUAUUAGUGAUUUACUUUGUACUUUCUAUCAAAGUAGUCUGUUAACCGUUAUAUAGACCUCAGCUCUCGCGGCACGACAACCGCGUCGCGCGCGCCUCUAUUUAUAUCGAGGGCUUGAACCGAUAGCCGUACGACGUGUAUCUACGUAGAUACUAUCCGCUGCGUUGAUUGGUCGAAGCCCUCGAUAUGCAGUUCCUUCAGCUAUAUAAAAAAAAACGAUCGAUCUUAAUGUCUAGAAAGUUUUUGAGUGUAGAAAGAUCGUCUGAUUAAGCCCUAAUUCCCGUUACAUCAAUGUCAAGAACUUAAGGAUAUAACAAAAUAAGAAGGACUUUCCUCGUAGAAUGUCACAAAAACCCGCAUAGAAAAAAUAAACGGCUUUUUAAAUAAACUAAAGAUCCUAUAGACACUCAAAUCAUUGUAGCAUAGCCAUUGUCCUUCAUACAAACAAUAGAUUGUUACUGCUUUACAUUAUUAUUCAUGUAAACAAUAUGUUAAUAAAUCCUUGCGGAAGAAA